AUUACAAAAUUAACUAUUAUAAUAAUUUGUUUAAUUAUAAGAUUUAUUUUUAUACAAAUAAAACACCCUCUUUCAAUAGGAUUAAUAUUAUUAAUUCAAACCUUUUUAACUUGCUUAAUUACAGGAAUUUAUAGAGAAUCAUUUUGAUUUUCUUACAUUUUAUUUUUAAUUUUUUUAGGAGGAAUAUUAAUUUUAUUUAUUUAUGUAACUUCACUAUCUUCAAAUGAAAUAUUUUCUAUAUCAUUUAAAUUAGUUAUAUUUAGAACAUUAUUAUUGAUUAUAAUAAUAUUAAUUUUUAAAUUUUUAGAUAAAAAUUUAAUAGAACAAUUUAUUAUAAAUAUAGAAAUAAAAAAAUUAUCUUUAAAUAUUAACUUAAUUAAUGAAAAUAUUUUACCUUUAAAUAAAAUAUAUAAUUUUCCAAAUAAUCUAAUUACAUUAUUAUUAAUUAACUAUUUAUUUUUAACAUUAUUAGUAACUGUAAAAAUUACAAAAAAAUUUUAUGGACCAUUACGACCAAUAAAUUAA